GAAUUCGAGCACUUUGCUUCCGAACAUGGCGGCUGCUCAUGGUCGAGUUCGUCCUAAUAUUUUGAUUACUGGCACGCCAGGCACGGGGAAAACUAUUUUGGGAAUGGAGUUAUCAAAACGAACUGGGAUGAAUUUUGUUAAUAUUGGUGACAUGGCGAAAGAAAAUAAUUACUACGAGGGUUGGGACGACGAGAGACAAUGCCAUGUGUUGAACGAAGACGGUGUAAUCGACGAAUUGGAAGAUGCUAUGUCGGAUGGUUGGAACAUAUUGGAUUAUCAUGGAUGUGAUUUUUUCCCCGAACGAUGGUUUGACAUUGUGAUUGUCUUAAGAACAGACAUAACAAUUUUAUACAGCCGAUUAGAAAAAAGAGAUUAUUCUGAGAAGAAGAUUAAGGAAAAUGUGGAAUGUGAAAUAUUUCAAACAAUUCUUGAAGAGGCGAGAGAUAGUUAUUCAACUGAUAUUGUUCAUGAGUGUCAAAGCAACUACCCAGAAGACAUGGAAAAUAAUUUGGAAAAUAUUAUAUUAUGGCUUCAACAAUGGCAUUUGUAGACCCUUUCGUCACAUUUCUUGGUGGCCUUGUUGCAAGUAUGGUAAAUUUAGUUCUCGGGAGACAUUUCCAACAGUAAAUUGUGAAUGCUAAAAUAUUUUUAUUGUAAAUAAAACAAUGACAAUUAAAACAGAAUAAAUGUAUUUAUCGUAA